UCUUCGACUUUUUUUUUUGUGUGUACUUUAAGUGACCUGUGGAACACAAGAACACUAUUUUGUGCGUUCUAAAGUGAAAUAGGUGAAAUCGACCGGUGGAAUUGCUUGUUGAUCGUAUCCGAUAAGUGAUAAGAGCGUUGUAAUCAAGCGAUGUGUGCGCUUAUCAGUGAUAACGCUGUGCCCCGAGAGUACUCGUACUUGGAGUGGAGCGAACGCUGUUCGAGAACAAUGAGUGGGAUGAGCAUGAACAUCAAUAACAACAACAACAACACGAGCAUAAACAACAACAACAAUAACAACAACAACAAUGAGGAGAAGCCCGACCUGCCCGACCCAGACUAUAUCAAGAUGUUCGUCGGCCAGGUGCCUCGCAGCAUGGACGAGAACGACCUCCGGAUCAUGUUCGAGGAAUUCGGCCGCGUGCACCAGAUCAACGUGCUGCGGGACAAGAUCACUGGCGCCAGCAAAGGAUGCUGUUUUGUGACGUUUUUCACGCGGAAAGCGGCUCUGAAAGCGCAAGACGCUUUGCACAAUAUCAAAACGUUGAGUGGGAUGCACCAUCCGAUCCAGAUGAAGCCGGCUGACAGUGAAAACAGAAAUGAACGCAAACUAUUUGUGGGCAUGCUGAACAAGAAACUGUCUGAGAACGACGUGCGAGCACUAUUCGCGGGGCACGGCGCGAUCGAAGAAUGCACGGUGUUGCGCGACGCGCAGGGUCAAAGCAAGGGCUGCGCGUUCGUCACGUUCGUCUCGAAGCAGGCCGCCAUCGCUGCUAUCAAGGCGCUACACCACAGUCAAACGAUGGAGGGUUGCUCAGCGCCGCUCGUAGUCAAAUUCGCCGACACGCAAAAGGAGAAAGAGCAGAAGAAGCUUCAAGCGAUGCAAGCCAGCCUAUGGGGGCUGACGACGCCGGUGGCGCCGGCUGCGUACCUUGCGUCGGAGGCUGCGUUGUCGCCGGCAACGCAGUUGCAACUGCUGCAACAGUUGCAAGCGGUUGGUCUCCAGCAACAGCUGUUGCAAGGGCAAGGCUCCACGAUACUGCAAGGUAUCUUCACUAAUGACGGUGUUAACUACCAAGAUAUCGGUUUCAAUGGCGCAGGGCUGAGCGGGGGGGCGGUUAGCGGGGUCGGAGGGGGGGCAGAGCAACUGGGGGGGCUGUUGGCACCGGUGUCUGUGCAGAACCUCGCUGCGCUUGCGGCGAUGACGCAGCCGCCUGUGGUGACGCAAGCUGCGCCCAUGCCAGCCGCAGCGCCUCAGCCCGCUGCGCCCCAAUUGUGUCUUCUCGGGAAGACAAACAUUACAGGGUCGACAGCCGAGCCGCUCGGUUCGGCGUACGCAGCGCAGUUCGGCAGCGCGUUCGCGGCCGCGCCGCUCGGCUCCGUGCUCGGCUCCGCAGCAGCCGCGGCCGCUGGGAAGCAGGUCGAAGGUAGGCAGAAAGGUCCGGAAGGCGGCAACCUGUUCAUAUACCACCUGCCGCAGGAGUUCACGGACACCGACCUGGCCUCCACGUUCCUGCCGUUCGGCCACGUGAUCUCGGCCAAAGUGUUCAUAGACAAACAGACCAACCUGUCCAAGUGCUUCGGCUUCGUGUCGUACGACAACGCGGCCUCCGCCCAGGCCGCCAUACAAGCCAUGAACGGCUUCCAAAUAGGUACAAAGAGACUCAAAGUUCAAUUGAAACGUUCCAAAGAACUAUCGAGACCGUACUAGCUUAUUCCAGAACUCGUUCCUAGUGAAUAUUUUUUUGAAAUAAAAAAACAAAAACUAUUUGCAAUGAGGUUGUAAGAUUCCGAACGGUUGUUGUGAUGUUUCGGUGCACUGGACUGGGUGAGGAGCGGCGUGCACAGUUGUUAACUAAUAAGUAUAAGGUUAAGGUUUGUGUCAAAGGAUUUAUCGUUUCCAAAGUAUUCCCCAAAUUUUGUUUAUUAUCGUAAUAUUCUACUUUAAAGUUAAGUUAUAGUCACUUUAAGAAUAAGUUGAACGCGUUACAUUAUUACAUUUACGUAAACGCCAAAGAUACGGUACCGAUGCAAAUACCGGUUUUGGACAACGUUAUUUUACCGUUAUCAUUUGUGUAACAUUGGCGACGGUACCGGUCUAUCGUAAGACAUAUUAUUCAACUUACCGCAUAAGUAUUGCUUAUAGUUAAUUUAACCGUUACGUUCAAAUAGAACAACUUUAUUAUUAUAACUUUGUUAGAUUUUUGUUCUUUAUUUUGUGUUACCAUAGUUGAUUAUACUUUUAAUCAUGAGUGUGGCCAUUGUCAGUUCAGUCUUAGUCUUUUUUUGUUUAAAAUUGUAAGUUGUUAGAAUAACAAAAUGAUCUCAAAGUGAUCAGUGUAUUUAUUGUUUACCUACAUGUUGUCAAUAGUGUACUUAAACUUUUAAACAUUUUUUGUGUAUAAAUGUCACUAAAAUAAUGGACUUUGGUAUGGAUAUCUCAAACGAUAUUUCUGUUUCCAACAAUAAUAUUCUAAGAAUAUUUACAGUGUUUUUGCGUACCAUACAAAAUAGUAGGGUAGGUGUCAAUCAUGUGUCAUAUUUAUAUUUUUAGGAAAAAUUAUGGAAAUCAUAUCGACAUAAGUUUUAUGACGUGUAUUUGUAUGUUUCACUAGCAAUGUUUUCAUAUCUGUUCAGUUGUUUACUUAUUUUCUUUUUCUUCUCCGUGACGUAAUAUUACAGUUUGAGAUAUCUGUGCGUUAAUCGUAACACAUCUUUGUGUAUGUCUGUGUAUUCACGUGUACAUUAUAAUGAUCGCAGUCAUACAAAUAUUUGAAUUUGUAACACAUCGAACACUGGCCCUUUAGUCAAAAAAUUUUGUUAGUUUAAGUAAUUUAAUAUUAGAUAAUUUUACUAUUUUCGUAAGUUGGGUAUUUAUUAAUUACCUACUUAAUACAUAUUUUUAUUAUUACUUGUAUACGUUCACAAAUAUUUCGUGUUUAAAAACUCUGGCACAUUUCGCUUAUUUUUAAUAUUUUUUACGACACCAAAAUCGGAUUGAGUAAAUAACUACGAAAUAAUUCAACGUUUGAUGAAAUAGGAUAAUAAUAAAUUAAUAAAAACCUAUUACUUUACUGUAACAUGAUAACAUACAUAAAUUUGAUAAGGUUUUGGUGCGUAAAAAAUAAUAACCUUUGAAACUACAUCUUUUAUCGAUUAGAUAGAAAUAUUAAAGAUUAAACAAGUUAAGUAUUACCUAAUAUUAUUUCGUGUAUUCCUAUAAAACGCUCAAUAAUAUAUGGACGAAGAAAAAUUAAAUACUAAGCAUAUUUUCUUUACUUGCAAAGAAUUAUAUGUGUACGUUUGAAAAGUGAAAAAAUUAUAUAAGAGUAAUUUGUAUCGUUUAAAGUUCCGUUAACAUUGUGCCAAUGAGUUCAAAAUGUAAUGACCAAUGGAAUUUCAUGUCGUCAGAUUUAGUUGUAAACUCUUACUAAUAAAAGGUUAUACACGCGUUAAACGCUAGUCUAAAAUUAUUGUUCGAGGCUCACCGGUGAGCCGCGUGGCGUCUAACGUGUUAAAUUAAGUCGUGUAUAACGCGCGUGUAACUUUUAUUUGUGAAGGGGUUAAACGUAACGUCUAUACAAGAACUGAGUAGACCAUCAUCGGUGUAAAUUUAGUUGAGUAUUAUAUUCUAUUUAAAAAAAUAUAUUAUCAAGAUGGGUUUAUUUUAGUUUUAAUUUAGUCUCUUUUUGCUGUCUGAAGAAAGACAAUACCUAGACUGAAUAAGUUCCCAAGUAGUAAGCAGUGUUUCAGUUAGCUGUCAUGUGAUUGAUUCCUUUAGUGAGUUCUUAGCGAACCUUCGAGGUCAGCUUUUGUCUUUUUUCUUGUUGUAAGGUAUAAAUUAUUAUAAAAAUGUAUUGUUAAAUCUUUGACAUCGGGAAUAACGGUGACGGACACACAAUCCUGGACACGACCGCGGUUAGCCUGAUAAGGUGUGAUCUAGAUAAAUGUCAAAUAAAAUUUAAAAAUAAGACGAUUUUUUACCCACAUUUUCUAGGUAUCUUAGACGAGACGCCUCUGGACCUCACUGUUGUUGUUGUAUUACAAAAUUAUUAAAAAAAAACACGGCUGGCGUUUGAGGUUUUGAAAAUAUGUAUGGCCAGCAUUAAAAUAAAUAAUUACUUUUGUUUUGCGAUCCUUUUUUUAAUCUGGCAACCCGCUAGUCUUGAUGACAUUUUGUAAAAAUACAAUCAACAGCAAAAGUGUUACUGUGAAAAUACUGUCAACGACAAAAUUUUAAGUGAUGUCAAUAAUUUACAACUAGACAAUAAACGAUAUCGUCUUUCAUAGAGUCACACACAAGGACAUAAUUUUGUGGUUGAUUGUAUUUCGCAUACAGACUGUAUCGUUACCUAAAGUUUGCCAUAAGCUUCAAAUGGAUAAUAAAUUAGUGAUAACGCUUCUCAUGAUUUGGUUUCUCGUUGAAAUGAAUGCAUAAAUGCGUUCUGGCAUUUUAUCAGUGUUGUUGAAUGUGCGACUUGAUGACCAACAUGAAAAUUACUUUGUAUUAUACGCUAAAUUGCUAUUUAUAUUAUUGUCUAAGUGGAAUGUUGACCAAUUUCUGUAUUAAUGAAUUAGAUAAUGUAAAAUUUACAUUAACACAAAAAAAUAUUCAGUUUUUGAAUGUGACUGUACUUUACAUAAUUUACUUAUUGAAUUUAUGAAUAAAGAGCGUAAAAGUUACCAGUGUUAAUUACACCAAAAAACAACAUUGUAAAGUAUGAAAUAAUGAAAUCUUAGAUAUUGCAUAAAAAUCUUUUAAGUUGAACUCUCCUUUUUGCAAUCGGUCAACAUUCCAAACUAGGGUUGUCGCUUAUAAAUUGAUACGACGGAACACUCGAGUCACGGUACCUACGAACCAGCAUAUCUUAAAUGCGGAAGCAAAUUUAUUUUUACACAUUUGGAGCACCCUAUUUAGUAGGUAUACAAUUGGUAUGAAAAAACAAAUAAAAGAACUGUUUUAUACAACACCCGUUUUGUUGAUAUGAAUGUAAAUAAAUGUCAAGUUAAAA